CAAAAUGUCCUCCCGAAUUUGACAGAAGCAGACUGAGACCCAUACACUGCAAAUCCACCUCCACCGAAGAGCUCAAGACCAAAGCCAACACCACAUCCACCCAAGGACUCAACACCUUCUUCACCACAGGACUCAACAGCACCUCCACCACAGGGCUCAACACCACCUCCACCACAGGACUCAACCCCACCUCCACCACAGGACUCAACAGCACCUCCACCACAGGGCUCAACACCACCUCCACCACAGGACUCAACAGCACCUUCUCCACAGGACUCAACACCACCUCCACCACAGGGCUCAACAGCACCUCCACCACAGGGCUCAACACCACCUCCACCACAGGGCUCAACAGCACCUCCACCACAGGGCUCAACACCACCUCCACCACAGAGCUUAACACCACCUCCACCACAGGACUCAAUACCUUAGCCAACACCACCUCCACAACAAGACUCAAGACCACAGACAACACCAUGUUCACUGUAGGGCUCAUCACCACCUCCUCCACAGGAUUCAAAUCCACCUCCAACACUUCCUCUAUCAGAGGGUUGAACACCACCUCCACCAUGGCACUCUGUAACUCCCCCUUCACAACAGCUAACACCAUGUCCACCAUAUGCCCUAAAUCCUCCAUAGGGACCAAUGCUGGCUCUGCUAUAAGCACUACUGCUAAUGUCACUAGAGGAAGCUACAGUUGUGUCACUACUGAGACCAGUUCAAAGAAAACCACAGAUGCUAGUGUUAGCAUUAAUGCUAAUUUAAACAGUGAUCUGCUUUCUUCUCUGGGAGGUCGAGGUCCAGUUCUUGUUGGUGGUGAAAAUAAAAGUGUGUUUCAGCCUCUUGGAGUUCCUGUGUAUCUGAGUGAGCUAGUUCAGGCUAAUGCUACUGCUAUAACACAGAGUGGGCAGAAGGGCCAAGGAAAGGGGAUGUCAUUACAUUCACAGUUAAAGCUCCGCCCCUCUGACUCCGCCUUUUUCUCACUGCUGCUGCUCUUGCGCAGUGGGUCCAGCAACAGCAUGAUUGCCAUAGACAACAAGAUUGAGCAAGCCAUGGAUCUUGUGAAGGCCCACCUGAUGCUGGCAGUGAGGGAGGAGGUGGAGGUCCUGAGGGAGCAGAUAAAGGAGCUGGUGGAGAGAAACGCUCAGCUUGAAAGAGAGAACUACAUCCUCCGAGCUCUCAGGGAGAACCGUUGACAUGCCCACAUCCCUGAUCAGCAGCAUCAGAGGACAUGGAGUCCUUCCUGCUAAAAGUCAUAUCUGAAAUCUCGAUGGACUAAGAGAGGAGAUGGAUGGGGAAGGAGAUGGAUGGAGACAUAAAGGACAAUUGAAAACAAAAAUAGAAAUAAGGAUAAAAGGAAAUUAACAAAAUGCAAGAAAUAUAUUUAAGGGCUUUUUGGAUUGUGGAUAGAAAAACAUUGUAAAAUGUCUUGCACACACACACACACACACACACACACACACACACACACACAGAAUGUUGCUAAUACAUUAACAGGGUUCAUAUCAGUGGCACUUAAUUCUGUAUGUUUUUUUUUACUGUUAAAACUGUGUGUGUGUGUGUGUGUGUGUGUGUGUGUGUGUGUGGGGUAAACAGUCAGCUUCGUUUUAACAGUAAUGUUACCAUGGUUCUGGUCAUAUAGGGGGACGUGUGUGUUACUGUAAAAACACAACUGUAUGUUUAAUAAAUAAUCUGACUGCA